CAAAGAAGUGCGUUCUUUACAAUUCUCAAACCGCUGUUUCUUCGGUGAAAAGACAAAGUCUCCUCCUUGUUUUCUCUAGCUUCUCUGGAACUUACUUGAGAAACAAGCUUUGUGUCGUGUCUCCGCUUCAUCAAAACCUCUGUUUCUUCGGUGAAAAAUAGAUUCCUGUUCUUGUUGUCUCUAGUUUCUCGUGGGGACAAGGUUGGGAUGGACAAAUCUGUGAUGAUGCUGGUCGGGAAGUGGAAAUGUCUAGAGGGUGGUAUGUGGCGGUUUCGUAUGUCAGAUCGGUACUUCGCAAAAUGUGUUGAUGUAGAAGACGAAGACAAGUUUGCUGAAGUGGAAGAUAAAAUCGCGAAAGUGUAUGGGAUAGAUAAGAAAAAGACGAAAAUGGAACUCAGCUUUUGGUACGAAGGGGGAGACGCGGUGUUCACGCAACAAAAGAUGCCGCCUGUUUCUGUGGACAGCGAGAGUUCGUUGACAAAAUUCAAAAACAUUCGUCUGGAGAAAGGGGGCAUGAACAUGUACGUAAGUGUUGAUCAGGACGAGGACGACUUACCAGAUCGGGGAGGACAGAGUGAACUCAGCGCUUUCGAUGAGAACAUGUUAAGAGCUGUAGCAAUCGCGGAGACGGGGCACAGAGGAAGUUUCCAGGCUAUGGGGGGACAAGACUUGGGAAGUCACUGUCUUCCAUAUACGUAUGAAGAGGUAGAUUUCUUAGCAGAAGUGGAUGAGAUAGAGCAAGUAUACAGGGCUAUUAAUGUGAAAAGAGGCCGAGGAGCGGAUUAUUUGGAGGAGGUGGGGGCUAAUUCUGGGGAAACGUUGGUGAGUUGUGAGAUCUCAGAAGAUUAUGAUUUUGAUAAAAUGAGAGACAGGAUCGACAGAGAGUACCCGGCGGACUGGGAUCCUUACAAUCCUAAGAGAACCAAGAGUUGGUCCGCUGCUGGCGAUGCUGAAGUUAGAGGAGAAGACGAGGACAUCUCGGGCGAUAACAGGACUACCUCGCAGGGGACGAGUGCAGCAAUAGUCGGGGAAAAUAUCAGGGUGUCCCCGAUAGCAAGAAUACGUGCAUGUGAUUAUCGGGAAGUUGAGGAGUGGGGACCUGAUGAUGCUGUAAUGUUUAGCUAUGAACAGUUGGCGCAGUCGUUACAAAACACCGAAGUAGGAGAAACAAAUGGUGCAGAGAUGGACAGCGAAGGAGGUCGUGGGACAGGCGCGGAAGAUGGACCAGAUACUGAUGUAUUGUUGUCCAUUGAAUUGGGACAGCGAGUUAUGUCCCCGGUUAGGAUAUAUAGUGCAUGCGAAACGAUAACGCAGCAAAACACAGACGGCGAAAGCGAAAGACAGGUGUCCCCGGGACUGAGGAGAAGUGUUGGGGAUGCACCAGAUGGUAGUGUUGCAGAUGCAGACGAUGGUAGUGGAUCGUCAAGGAGACCGACGCAAAUGAGUGACUAUGGAGUAACAAGCCUGGUGUCCCCGAUAAUAAACUCGACUGAAGGAAGUUUAGCUGAUGCAGAAAGGUGUACUAAUGAACAGCAACCUAGAAGAUGUUGUAGGUUAUCACUGCGAGGACGGAAUAAUGUAGCUGCUGAAGAUGUGGGCAAUGUGAGGUCUGGGGGACCAGAAGUAGUAGAUGAAAGCCACCUGGAAAAUCGAAGUAUGUCCCCCAUUGGCUAUAAUAUAGGUGCAGACAAUGGGAACAGCACGGGACCAGAAGAGGGAGCUUUGGCUUUGAUGGCCAUUGUAAAUCAAGUUCCGGAGGACGAUCCGAUAUUUUUAGGUGACCCGACUCCGUUCAAGGACAACGCAGUGGCAGUUACCGGAGACAAGGCAAACAUGAAUUUAAGGAAGUCGGAAGAUUGUAUGUAUAUCGGGAGGGUAUUCAAGAACAAGAACGAGCUGCAUAAGGCAUUGUGUAUUUACUCUAUAAAAAGACGAGAGAAGGCGAAAAAGGCAUUGACACGGUGUACACCGGAGAUAGAACAACUGCUAAUAGAUCACCUAAAAGAAGCUACCGACUGUGUUGUGAUUGCUUCAACUGAAUGGAUUUAUCAAGUAAACGACGGGUAUGGGACCGUGUUUACAGUUGAUCUACGUAAGAAGACAUGUACAUGCCGAGUUUUUGAUGUCCUUAUGGUACCAUGUUGCCAUGCUUUAGCCGCCGUAGGUAUAAGAAACCUCGACAUCUACUCUUUGAUAGGAAAAUAUGCAUUUGUGAGUGAAUGGCGUAAAUUAUGGACAGAGCAUAUUCUACCUCCACCUAAAGAAAGGGACACGGAGGUGCCAGUAGAUAUAAGUCAGGUGGACGUGAAUGCCCCGAAGACAAAAAGGCCAUCGGGAAGGCCAAGGACAGUCCGCAUUCCAUCCCAGGGAGAACAUCAUCUUCCCAAACAUCUUAGGGUUUCGAUUGUCCUUCUUGUUGGUAAGUCAUGUUACCGACACUUAGGACCCCUAAUCCUCUCUGGGAACGCUGGCCUGGGUCUCGCACUUGAUCCUUCUGUUUUGAGGGAGACUUCUCUGGCUCUCCUUGAAGCGCAUCCUCAAAAUAUUUCCAUCGGUUCACCCAUUCACUUGUUUGUUUUACGAUGUGUGAAGGCUCGGAAUCCAGUUGCUUGUUACUUAGAGAGCAUUAGGCUAGCUGCAGUCGAAGGGUUAAUCAAAGAAGCAAUGGACAUGUUGGCUGAUAUACCCGAUCCAUCCCCCAAAAUUCUAUUCACCAAAGGUCUCUACCUUGUCUCUGUUAAUAGACCUCUGGAUGCGAUGACCGCCAUGAAUCAAUUCAAACACGAAGUUGUCUCUUCCCGCAACGCCAAUCGUGUGGCAACGCUUGUGAUGUCCGACAUUAAGAAGAUCGCCCCAGACCAACUUAGGUUCAACUGGACUGGCUAUACGUGCUACUUGAUCCAUCCCCCUCGUCGUUAUUCAGAAUGUUCCAAAUGCAAUUUGUGGAACCCCUGCCCUCUCUGUGUUAAUUGGUGGGUCUUAUGAUUAUUUAUUUGUGUCUUUGUAAUGUCUCACAUCGCUUUUUGUCUUCGC